AACGGUAAAGGAUGAAUUUCUCUUUGGGUGGCGUCUUCUCAUUUUUUGCGAUUACAAACAACUCUUUGUUAUUUGAGAACAGUCUGAGAAAGCCCUGGAAAUACAGGUCUGAGAUAGACUGUAUCCAGACACUAGAAACAGAGAUGAAGACACAGGAAGCCUCCGACUGGUGCCAAGCCACAUGGGACACCAUUCUUUGUUGGCCUCCAGUCCCGCCUGGACAAACAGUUUACAUGGCCUGUCCCCCCUAUCCGGGUUUGGACCCUCAGAAAAUGGCUUUCAGACGCUGUGGUUGUACCUCCCGUUGGGAGGGACCUCAGCCCCUGGGUUAUUCGAACUACACUGAGUGCUACACUCCUGAAUCUCGGAGACUCAUGGCCAAAUUCUACGGCAAUAAAUCAGCGGAAGAUCGACAACUGAUGAAAAAAAUAGUGGUUGGAACUCGAACUAUGGAAAUAAUUGGUCUUUGCGUGUCCCUAGUAUCUUGUUUGACGUCACUAUUCAUUUUCUGUUACUUCCGAGCAUUAAGGUGCCACAGAACGAGAAUCCAUCGGAACCUCCUGGUUGCCAUCAUAGUCCAAAUUAUAAUUCGACUGGUUCUGUACAUUGACCAGUACAUCGCUCGAGAAAGACAAUCCGAUUACCUACUGACCACAGGAAGUUAUAUAGCCAUAUUUCAUACGCCAACAUUUUGUGAGACAAUUUACACGUUACUAGAGUACACAGUCUCCGUACAAUUUAUGUGGAUGUUUGUUGAGGGUAUCCACCUACAUAACAUCAUAGCCGUCUCGUUCUUCUCAGGAAAACCCAAUUACUUCGUUUAUUACAUCCUUGGUUGGGGUACUCCAAUACCAUUCACAGUGGCCUGGGUUAUAACUAUGCUUGACCUUCAUCAAAACAGUUGCUGGUUCCCGUACUACUUUUUAACGGAGUACUGGAUUAUAGAAGCGCCCAGAGUAACUGUAAUUGGUGUAAACUUACUUUUUCUACUCAACAUAAUUCGUGUUCUGGUGCACAAGUUACGAAAAACUCGAACACUGGAGCCACAGCUGACAAAAGUCAGAAAAGCAGUGAAGGCAGCCAUUGUAUUACUUCCACUCCUUGGGAUCACUAACGCUGUGAACUUGAUAGAUCCGCCCGCAGAUAGUGUGGUUCAUUUCGGACUCUGGUCCUACUCCACUUACUUCCUAGUCUCCUUUCAAGGAUUUUUCAUCUCACUAUUAUACUGCUACACAAACGGAGAGGUACAGGCAGCGUUGAAGAAACACUGGAGUAACUAUUUGGAGAGUAAAUCCUUUUCCGGUUUGCAGGCAUUCCAAAAUCGGCGAUCCUGUUCUGUGGUCACCAGUUCAUUUGAUUUGACCCUAAACCAGAGAAUCCUUAAUCAAGUCAACAAGAAAAGCCCUCUAAUUCGAAUGAAGUCUACUGGAAGUGCAUACACAGAGUCUAUGGUUUGAUAAAGAAAGAUCCUGGGAAACUAUGUAAUAAACAAGCAGCAUUU